CCCCGUGGGGGCUGGCUAUAAAGCAGCCCCCGCGGCGGCUGGGGGCGAGCGGCGAGGAUGCGGCUGCUGCCGGCGGCGCUGGCCCUGGCCAUGCUUCUGAGCGACCUGGUGCCGGUGGGCGGUCUGUCGCUGGAGAGCCUGCUGACCAACGUGAGGUGCAAGUGCAUCAAAUCCACCGCCCGGGUCAUCAACUUGGGGCUGAUCCUCGCCAUCGACGUUACGCCGCCGGGGAUUCACUGCCGGAGGAAGGAGAUCGUCCUCACCCUAAAGAAAAACAAGAAGGUGUGCGUGGCCCCCGAGGCGCCCUGGAUCCAGCUGCUCAUCCACAAGCUGAUGCAGAGGAACGCCACCAAAAAAGAAGGGGCGUCGCGGGCACGGCGGGAAGCGGAGCGGUGGGCUGGGGGAGCGGGGCCGUGGUGCUGGCCCCCCCCCCAGAUUCCCUAAAGCAUCUCUCUCCCUCUCUCCUGACACGACGAUAAAUAACUGGCCGCGGUUAUUUAUUCCUCUGCGCCGUGAUAACGCUGGGUUUCACGGCACAACGCCGGCGGCGCUUGCUCUGCUCCCAGGGUUUUGGCAGGGGGUAGGAGCCUUCCCCUGCUA